CAUGCAUAAAAUAUAUCUUUAAUUCAAAACUUCAUCAUAUGACGGACAUGCAAAAUUAUAUUUGAAACUGAUUUUGGAUAGCAUUCUGUUUAAAUUAAAUUUUAAGCACAAUCGGAUACAAAGAUGCCAAUUUCAUUAGGAAUAGAAAAUUAUAAAGUGACAAAUGUCGACCCUACUGCCUACUACAUAUCAGAGUUUAUAACCAAAGAUGAGGAGCAAUCAAUCCUGUCCAACAUUUACUCGGCCCCAAAACCAAAAUGGACUCAACUUUCUAACAGAAGACUGCAAAACUGGGGAGGGAUUCCUCACAACAAGGGAAUGAUAGCUGAAAAACUACCUCAAUGGCUGCAGCAGUACCUAGAUAAGAUCCACUCUCUUGAACUUAUGGGAGGAAACAAACCCAAUCAUGUUUUAGUGAAUGAAUACACACCAGGGCAAGGUAUUCUCCCACAUUUAGACGGUUCACUAUUUUAUCCGACUAUCACAACAAUUUCAGUUGGAUCCCACAUAGUCCUGAAGUUUCUGGAACCUUCUGAUAAUGAUGCAUCUCUAAAACCAGUAUUCUCCUUCCUGUUGGAACCAAGAAGUUUAUUAGUAUUACAGGACAAACUUUUCCAUCACUACCUCCACAGCAUAGAAGAGAUUAAAGAGGAUGUUAUAGAUGAUACAAUCAGGAAUUUAAAUAUGUGUUCCACAGAUUAUGUUAAGGGUACCACAGUCGUUAGAGACACGAGAGUAUCUUUGACCAUAAGACAUGUACCAAAAACGACUGCUUUUAAAAUUAAUAUUGGUACAGGUAGAUAACAAAAACUAUAAAAUAAUAUUUCUACUUCUUGAUCUUAUCAUGAAGAAACCAAUAAGAAGAAACUUAAGUUGAGGAAAAGAAGUGCAAGCUAUACUUUAUUGAUAAGAUGCCUUACAAAUUUUUGUUAAGUAUACUAUAUUUUUUAUUAUUGUUUAAUAAUAUAUUUUGUACAGUGUAGAACUAAUGGUUUUCAUUAUAGGGUAAACUUCUUGACCAAAAUCAGCUCUUUAUGAAAAUACUACAUACUACUAAUAUGUGCAAC